UGGUCGCGCGCGGAUCCCUCCGCGGUCAGAAGGUGACGGCGGGGGAGGAGCGGAGGGGAGGGCGCGAGGAGGGGAGUGAGACGGCAAAUCCUCGCGCUGUACUUUAACUUUUGCUGUGAUGGCUUCAAUUCAGCAAGUUGUACUGAGUUCUCGACCUGGGAAGGAUGGAGAGCCUAUGGCUGAGAACUUCAGGCUGGAUGAGGGCAGUCUGGCUGCGGAGCUGGAGGAAGGACAGGUGAAGGUUCGCACCAUGUACCUCUCUGUGGACCCCUACAUGCGAUGCAGGAUGAACGAGGACACGGGGGCUGGCUACCUGACCCCAUGGCAAAUCUCCAAAGUGGUGGAUGGCGGAGGGAUCGGUGUGGUCGUCGAGAGCCGGCACAAAAGCUUUUGCAAGAGGGACUUUGUGACCUCAUUUAAUUGGCCUUGGCAAUCACAGGCCAUUGUGGAUGGCAAGAUCCUGGAGAAGGUUGAUCCUCGACUGGUUGACGGGCAUCUCUCCUAUUUCCUGGGUGUUGUGGGCAUGCCAGGAGUUACGUCUUUGAUUGGCGUGAGGGAGAAGGGCCAUGUUACUCCUGGAGCUAGUCAGACGAUGGUUGUGAGUGGAGCGGCUGGUGCCUGCGGGUCAUUAGCUGGUCAGAUUGGCCGCCUGGAAGGUUGUUCCCGAGUUGUCGGGAUCUGUGGCUCGGAGGAGAAGUGCCGGAUGUUGGUCUUGGACAUGGGCUUCGACGCUGCAAUCAAUUACAAGGUGGAUAAUGUCGGAGAGCAGCUGCGGGAAUUCUGUCCUGACGGUAUCGACGUCUACUUCGACAAUGUAGGAGGGGAGAUUAGCAACGCAGUCAUCAGCCAGAUGAACAAGCACAGCCAUGUGGUUUUGUGCGGCCAGAUCUCUCAGUAUAACAAAGAUGUUCCUUACCCUCCCCCACUGCCUUCCAGCAUUGAGGCUAUACUGAAGGAAAGGCACAUCACACGAGAGCGAUUCAUGGUCUUGAACUAUAUUGAUCAAUAUGAAGCCAGCAUCAAGCAGAUGAGCCAGUGGCUGAAUGAGGGGAAGUUGAAGGUCCGUGAGACUGUGGUGAACGGACUGGGCAACAUUGGAGCUGCUUUUCAAUCCAUGAUGAAAGGUGGCAACAUGGGGAAGCAGAUCAUUCUGGUCUCUGAGCAUUGAGGCUCUGAGUGCCUCUGCCUGGAGAAUGUGCCAGCGGCUCAAAUAGCCUUGUGCCAAACAGUACUCUCUGCCACUAUCCCAUCUCUGUGGCCCACAGGCCCUAUUGCUGUACUAAUCUCUCACAUUACAAUAAAAACAGAUUUUAACCAUA